GCCGCGGCCGCGGGCUGGGGGCCGCCAUGGCCUCGGGGGGCGCCGCCGCCCGGGCCCCCGCCGAGGAGCCGCCAUCGGCCGAGGCCCCCGCCGAGCAGAAGCCGCCGCCGCCUCCGCCGCCGCCGGCGCAGGAGGAGUUCUCCUUCCUGCCGCUCGUCCACGACAUCAUCAAAUGCAUGGACAAGGACAGCCAGGAUGUUCACCAGGUGCUGAAUGAACUCAAGAACAAGUUCCAGGAGAUGAGGAAGCUGAUCAGCUCCAUGCCCGGCAUCAGCGUCAGCCCGGAGCAGCAGCAGCAGCAGCUGCAGAACCUGCGGGAGCAGGUCCGGACCAAAAACGAACUGCUGCAGAAGUACAAGAGCCUUUGCAUGUUUGAAAUCCCCAAGGAGUAGGAAGGGAGCAGCUCUGCUCGCAGGGUCAGGGGUACUUCUCCUGGCUGAACAGAGAGAAAAAGGUGUCGGAAGUUUACUUUUCUUUCUUACGUGCAUUUUUUGUCACAUUGCUCUGAAGUCGUGUCUGUGGAUCACAGGCAUGUGACAGCGAACCAGAACAGUUCUUGUGUGCCUCACAUAGGAUGAUUACGGCGGUGUCUUCGCGUUGAUCUGCUGUAGGACUGUGUGCAUUUAUAUAUGCAUCUCUGGUUUUUCUCUCCAUGUGUGAGUUUGUUUUUUUUUUCAUUCAAGCAAGCAGGGGGCAUUGUGUUUUCUCCUCACUAAAGGUCAAAAUACCUGCUGGUUAAGUCGAAAAGGAAAAAGGGGGCAUUUUCUGCAUUUUUUUUCGCUUCCGAAUGGACAAAAGCGGCCAAACAUCAAAAGGGAGCAUAAGAGGGAAGCACAAGCUGUUUGGCCCUGCUGCUGGAAAGGGUCUCUGGGGCACUUUGCAGUUUGUGUGUAUAAAAGAGGAAUGAUUGCUCUCAGUUAGUUUUGUAUGUCCCUCUCUGUUUUUAAACAAGUGGUGGUUGUGUCUGAGAUGAGUCAAGUAAAGAUUUAGAAACUCCAAA